GAUUUUCCAUGAAUUCCCAAUAAAAUAUCUCGAUCCUCUUGCCAUGUAUGAGGGUCCCUCACCACGUUGGCCAAUAUCUUCUAAUCUUUCUCAAUUCGUAGAGAUAAUACCAGGAAGGGUGGAGGUUUCAACAAUUGCAGAUUGCAGAAGUCACCACCAGACGCCGUCGGAGAGGGUGGAAGUUUUCCGGCUAUAACGGCGAAGGGCAAGUUUUUCAGAACAUGGUAAUUGUCAAUUGUUGGUGGCUGUCGAGAGGAACAAGCCCUUUUGCCGGAAUCUACCUCCCCUGCGGCGGCGCCGCUUGCCCUGGUCCAAAGCUUAACGGCCCUUUUCCCACAAGUAAGACUUCGCCUGGUAGUCUGCCCGGGGUAAGUUUGUAUACCUCCUCGCACUUCACCGAGGGAGUGAAAGGUCCUCCUUCAUUCUCUUCUUCUUUGGGGUUCUUGUUGCAGGGUUUUGGAGCUACUAUUAAGGCUUCGUCGGAUCGUACUUCUGCGAAGAGGUUGAGAAGAUAUGGGGAAGCGAAGAAACCCAAAACUCCUCCGACUAUUAAGAAACAAGGCCCCUCAACUGAAUAUAGUGGGCCGGCCGAUGGCAGGGGAUCUGCUUCUUCUGGAGUUGAAUUUAGUAACAGCGACAAUGGUGAUAGCAGGGGCUCUGGCCUGGCUUCCAAGGAUAAUAUCCCUGAAAGCCCUUCUAGAAGUGCUGUACUUCAGGCCUGCACUGUCACUUCCUGUUUGAUACUCUCACUGGGUCUUGUAAUUCGGCAGGCUUCUCAUGUUGCGUCUAUGGAAGGAUUGCCGCUCCUCGACCGUUCUACGAAAGUAUCAUUUGAUUUCGAGUUGUGGCAUCUUGAGUUGAUCACAGGAUUGGUGGCAUUGAUAUCUUCGUGCCGAUACCUAUUACUGAAGACAUGGCCAGAUUUUGCUGAGUCUAGUGAAGCAGCUAAUCAGCAGGUACUCAGUUCACUGCAACCUGUGGAUUACAUAGUUGUGGCAUUUUUGCCUGGGUUCAGUGAGGAACUCCUUUUCCGUGGUGCACUGCUUCCCCUAUUUGGACUCGAUUGGAAGAGUGCCUUAAUAGUUGCUGCCAUUUUUGGAGUUCUGCAUUUGGGUGGUGGUCGAAGAUACUCCUUUGCCAUAUGGGCAACAUUCGUUGGAUUUGCCUAUGGCUAUGCUGCCAUCAUAUCUUCAAGCAUCAUUGUGCCUAUGGUAUCUCAUGCGUUGAACAAUGUUAUUGGAGGCGUUUUAUGGAAACACACGAGUUCAACAGAAGAGAUGAACUGAUGGCCUUCAGCUUUUUACCAUGAAUUACAAUUUUCUUGUUUGUAUUUUGGCUUACAACAAUUUAUAUACUUCGAGUUGAUUAUAUUUUACCAUUUCUGCA